GCCAUAGCCAGAAGGCAUCACGUACCACAAUCUGUUGUUUCUUUCUCUUCUUUCUUCUUAACUUCUUGGAAAUAUGAAGAAUCAUGAGAGUAAUGUGGUAGGUCCUGAUGUGAUGUUAAUUGCAUUAGCAGCAUCCAUUCCAAAUGCAGCAGUUCUUGGGGGCUUUCUCAAUCUCUCUUCUUCACAGAUCAAAGACACUAACAACUGGAUUGAUUCAAUCAGAGCUUCUUCUCCAACUCGCACUAGAUCAUCUUCUUCUUCUUCCGAUAACCAAGACAAAAUUAAUUCUUGGAUGCUGUAUCAUCCUUCAGCGCUGAACAUGUUUGAUCAGAUAGCAUAUAACAUGAAAGGGAAGAAGAUUGUAACCUUUCUUGACUACGAUGGAACUCUGUCCCCUAUUGUUGCCGAUCCUGAUAAAGCUUUCAUGACAAAAAAGAUGAGAGCCACGCUGAAGGACAUAGCAAGGCAUUUUCCCACCGCAAUCGUCACCGGAAGGUGCAGAGACAAGGUGUAUAGCUUUGUGAAAUUGGCACAACUUUACUACGCAGGAAGCCAUGGAAUGGACAUAAAGGGUCCAACAAAAAGCCGAACUCCAAAUAAAGUCAGUCAUAACUUCUCUAUCUAUCUAUCUAUCGAGCCAAUUAAUUUACUGCUUCUUUUUUCUUACCUUGCUUGCUGUGAUUUCAUUCAUUUGUUGCAGGGAAAUGAUAAAGCACUGCUUUGCCAACCUGCUAGUAAAUUCCUGCCUAUGAUAGAAGAGGUGUACAAGAUCUUAUUAGAAAAAACAAAGAGUGUCCCAGGGGCUAAGGUAGAGAACAACAAGUUUUGUUUGUCCGUUCACUUUCGUUGUGUUGACGAAAAGUGUUGGGCUGCAUUGGCGGAACAAGUUAGAUUGGUGCUCAAUGAGUACCCAAAAUUGAAGCUAACCCAAGGAAGAAAAGUGCUUGAGAUCCGUCCAACCAUUAAAUGGGACAAGGGAAAAGCUCUUGAAUUCUUGUUAGAAUCACUUGGAUAUGACAAUUCCAAUGACGUUUUCCCAAUUUAUAUUGGCGAUGAUCGUACAGACGAGGAUGCUUUUAAGGUUUUGCGCAACAGAGGUCAAGGGAUUGGGAUUCUUGUUUCUAGAGUUCCAAAAGACACAGAAGCUUCAUACACCUUGAAAGAUCCAGCAGAGGUUGAGCAAUUUUUGCGGCGUCUAGUGCAAUGGAAAAGAUCUAGUACACAGUGACAUACACCAACAAGUGCAUAGAGAGAGAUUUAUUCCAUGAGUAUUAUUAUUAUUAUUAUUGUAGAUUACCUAUUGAAGGAAUAUGAUAAUGAUAGACAGCACCUCAAAAUUUAAUGAAGGUGGUGUAUGAAAUUGUAUGUGUUAAAAUCCAAAUGAAUGGAUAUAUAUGAUGAGCAUAUUGUAAUCCUUGUUGGCACGUUUGCAUGCGCAUGCGGAUAGUGAAAGACAGAUGUUUUAUGGCGCA